AUGAAGAUCUGUCGCAUCGCCUUUUCAGGUGAGACUGAUGCUUUAACCAUAAUAGCAUCAGUUUUCCUUGCGGUUGUCGCAGCGACAGCUAGUAGUGGCUCAUUUGACAGCCAAGACGAUGCAAAAAGCUACGCACCGUACUACGUUGACUGUCCACCGGACAUACAGCUUGUUCGUCAACCUCGUCAAAUCUCUCAAGCGGAGUCUGAAUGGGUUCACGGUCGUAAAGCAAUCGUUACCGACUCCCUCGUGGCCUAUUUGGCUCGCUUGAACCUCGCAGAUUUUAACCUUACGGACUAUGCGCAAAGGAUCCGGAGAGACCCUAACUACAAUGUACCUGUUAUUGCAUGGGCCACCAGUGGCGGUGGCUGGCGCUCGGCAUAUACCGGCAUUGGUGGCCUUCAAGCCAUCGACGAGCGAACUCCGGGCUCCAAAGAGGCCAAGGUAGGCGGCCUGUUUCAGAGCUUGACUUAUAUGGCCGGACUUUCUGGUGGGUCUUGGCCAACUGCGUCUACUUCGUUCAGUGAUUAUGCUCCAAUCCACGAACAUGUCAAGGAGUGGCAUGUGGACAUCAAUCGGUUUGACGCGUCUAACUUCACCGAGUAUGCCGCUCCCGUCACCGCUUAUCUUGAUACAAUAGCCCAAAAAGUGGAGGCCGGAUUCAAUGUGUCCACUGCCGAUUUUCUUGGUCGAGGCUUUGCAUAUCAGUUUGUUCCUGGAGUCAAUCUCACAUGGUCGUCGAUUUCUGAGCAACCGCGGUUUAAGAACUUCUCUGGUCCAAUGCCAAUGCUUAUCUGCAGCAGCAUCAACAAGAGCUCAGACGUCUUGAAUGCAUUGUUAAUUUUCCUCUCUCAUAUCGCUGAUUUUAAACAGUUCGAAUGGAACCCUUUUGAGUUUGGAUCUUGGGACUUUGGCUUUGUGCCUAUGGAAUAUAUUGGCACGAUCCCCAACGAGAAUAAUACCGCCAAUAAAUGCGUUAAAAACCUCGAUCAAGCUAGUUUUGUCAUGGGCUCCGCAGCGAGUGCAUGGAACAGCUGGUGGUUAGGUGCCACUACGAACGGGACCCUUGGGCAGUUCUCAAAACGUCACGAUCUUGACAAACGAGAAUUUGAUAGCUCUUUGACCGGGAUCUCGUCGUUGUCCUUUCUGAACGAUUAUUUCAAUGAGACCUAUGGCUAUACGAUAGCACAAAUCAGCAAUCCCUCAAUACCCAAUCCUUUCAACAGCAAAGAGAACAUCACUUUUGCAGACGGCUCCGAAGCAGGGCAGUCAGUGCCAUUUUGGCCUCUUAUUCAACCCGAGCGAAAGGUCGACUUCAUUAUGGCCUGGGACGAUGACGCUGACUCUCUUCCGUACACCUGGAACAACGGCACUAACAUCUGGGACACCUAUAACCGUGCUAAGGAAAGUGGCCUUCCCUUCCCAGUGAUUCCGCCGGUCUCAGAGCUGCUCGCACAUAACUACACGUUGAAACCCAUCUUAUUCGGCUGUGAUACCAACCUGACAACAACCCGUGAUGCUACCUCUCCAAUAGUUGCUUAUUUUGCCAAUUCACCUUACAGUUGGUACAGUAACUACUCCUGGGCAACUGGGAAUAUGUCUCAUACGGAGUUUGACAGUAUCCUUGAGAAUAGUUUCAACCUGCUUACUCAGGCGAAUGGAACCCUCAACAAAUCUUGGGUAGAUUGUCUCGGUUGUGCGGCCAUCGACCGGAGUUUACAGCGCAUGGAUAUUCAGAGGCCCCAGAUUUGUGAGGACUGUUUUCAGGAGCACUGCUGGGAUGGCAGAAUUACUGAAGGUGUACCAGAAGGCUUUGUACUGGACCCUGUCCUGGCUUUGGACCCGAGCCUGAGCUAUGCUGAGUGGAGUGAGAUACAUCCUAACUCUUAG